AUGGCCAAACUUCAUUGGAACUAUCCAAAUUUACGUCACGUGGUUUGGAAUUACUCCGAAAAAGGGCAUGGAAAGGGAGCCUUAAUCAGCCAUCUUAAAAUUAGAUGUCUGGGUGUUUCCAUAGAGGAAGUUGUAGAAUCAGGCAUUUUAGAAAAGGAAUUAUUGAUCCCUUCAGAUCUAAAAGAAUUUCGUGCUACCAUGGCAGUGCACCAAGCUAUAUGGAGCUGCAAUAAUCCUGAAGUAUUAGCCAUGAGGCGUCUUAGUUGUGAUAUGGGAAUAUGCUCUGAAGAAUCAGUGCAAUGUUCACAUGGACAAAAUAUUGGCUUCUAUAACAUUGGGAAUACAGCUUUAAGCAACAAUACUUACCCAUCAAAAACUAGGAAAAAUAAUGCUAUAGCUGAGUGCAGUAGAACAUCUUUUGGAAUUUCCAUUUCUAAACCAGACCAUGGACUGGAUGAAAUUUCAGUCGAAAACCGCCGUGACAUUAAUAUACCAUCUGAUGACAGCUUCUGGACUGAUGUUCCUUCAAUGAAUGAAAAUUUAACAUCUACCACCAUGACCAAAAUCGUAUUAACAGCCCUCCAUUGUGAAGAUGAUGAUUCCAGCUCAGAUUACAACAUUUUUUAG